UUUUGACAACUAUUUUAAAUUUAAAAUAAUAUGAAUUAAAAAUAAUGCAAUAUCAAUACGGAAAUUUUAAUGCUCCAUGUAUAUUAAUACAUGGUAGCAUUGGAAAUUUUGAUGAUAAGCUCAUCGUUGAAAAAAUGACAAGUUGUAAAAAAGCAGCAUCUACUGGAUAUCAAAGUUUAUUAAAUGGUGCAAGUUCUAUAGAAGCUGUAGAGACUGCAUUGUGGUGGUUAGAAUGUGAUGAAAUCUUUAAUUGUGGUUAUGGGUCGGUUUUAAAUAAUAUAGGAAACGUACAAAUGGAUGCAUGCAUAAUAGAUGGCUUUAAGUUAGAAUGUGGAUCUGUGGCAGCAGUGUCAGAUAUAGAGCAUCCGAUAUCACUCGCUAGAUAUGUUUUGCAUAAUUUUCCAAACUCUAUUAUAGUAGGAGAAGGUGCAAAAAAAUUAGUAGAAUGUGCAAAAUUAAAUUUGUUAUCUAAAGGAAAUAUGAUUGCACCCGCACCAUAUUUAGCUCAUAAAUUGGAAGAAACUGGCAGUUGUGAUAUUGAUCUGGAUAUUGGAGAUCAUUGUUAUGCGAAAUUAUUAGAAAGUAAAUUGUGCAUACAUUAUUUAUAAGAGAAAAAAAAAUUAUUUUUAUUUUUGUUAAUUUUAUAAGAGAAGUCUUAUAGAUGAUUUUGAUAGAAUUUUCACGCACACAGAUUAUGGGGGCACUAUUGGCUGCAUAGCUUAUGAUGGAUAUGCUAUUGCUGCAGGAACUACAAGUGG